UGCCUGCAAGAGCAAUUUCAAAUACAAAGAAAGUAACUGCUCCUUUCCUCAAAGAAACAACCACUGUGCAAGAACUUCCAGUAUAACUACAUGAGUUCUCUUAAAAUCUCAAAGGGUUCACUGAGCACUAUCAGGUAAUAAAGAAAUGUGUUCUGCAUAUGUUUCAUGAAUAUGGCUUUGUAGUGGACACCUCAAAUGUGAGGCAGUGGACAGUUGCUGAUGUCUGUUGCUGGCUUAAAAAAAAAAAAAAAGACCUCUCUGCACCUACCCCAUCCUUUGAAUGUGUGUAAAUAAGUGAACAAUUGCAGAUACACAUCAGAAACACUUCUAAAGCAUUCAAUUAUUUAUAGUUUAUUAACAGGUUGCUUUUUUCCCCACCCUUUUAUUAUCUUCUGAGAAAUCCAGCCUCGUCCUACCUGUUACAUGAUGAUCCUGCUGUGCUGGACUGUAUAUGAUAAAUGAGCUCAUCUAGCAGGCUCCAGGCCUCUCCCAUCACAAUGGUCAACGAGCUCGACUCUGUCGAUCCCAGCCACGCUCUGUUUGAAAGCUUUGUCCAGGCGCAGACAUGCAAAGAGACACAGCAGAACUUCAUCGAACUCUGCCGCCACCUGGAGGUCGAGCCCAGGGACUACAAGCACUUCUACAGCAAGCUGAAGGACAGACUCAACUACUGGAAAGCCAAAGACCUCUGGCAGAAGAUCGACAACAGAGGUGCCCAUCCAGACUAUGAACAGGGCCAAGCAUGUCACCAAAACAAGUGUUUAGUGCUGGGUGCGGGUCCAUGUGGUCUCAGGACAGCGAUUGAAUUGGCUCUACUAGGCGCUCAGGUUGUCGUAUUGGAAAAAAGAGCGUCCUUUAUGAGGAAUAACGUCCUGCAUCUGUGGCCGUACACCAUUCGAGACCUUCUCAACCUUGGUGCAAAGAAAUUCUAUGGCAGAUUCUGCAGUGGAUCCAUUCAUCACAUAAGUAUCCGUCAGCUGCAGUUGAUUCUGUUGAAGCUGGCCCUGAUUUUGGGGGUUGAGGUGCACACAGGUGUGACCUUUGAAGGUCUGCGGGAACCAUCAGGAUCCACAGGAUGGAGGGCACAGGUGUCUCCUGCGUCCCACACAGCUGCUACUUUUGAGUUUGAUGUUUUUAUUUCUGCUGGAGGGGGAAGAUAUGUGCCUGAUGGUUUUAAGAUAAAGGAGCUCAGGGGAAAGUUAGCCAUCGGUAUCACAGCAAACUUCGUAAACCGCCACACUAAACAAGAGGCUCAGGUGCAGGAGAUCAGCGGCGUGGCCCGAAUAUACAACCAGAAAUUCUUCCAGGCGCUCCAGUCUGAGAUCGGCGUUGAUCUAGAGAACAUUGUCUACUACAAAGAUGAUACUCACUAUUUUGUGAUGACUGCAAAAAAGGGAAGCUUGUUAAAAAAAGGAGUGAUAAAGCAGGACUUUUCUGAUGUCAAUCAGCUGCUCGCACCUGCAAACGUCAACCAGGAGGCCCUGCAGAAGUACGCAUACGAAGCCGCUGACUUCUCCACAGAUCACAUGCUGCCAGACCUGGAGUUCGCGAAGAACCACGCGGGCCAUCAGGACGUGGCCAUGUUUGACUUCACCUGCAUGCACAGGGCAGAGAACGCCUCUCUGGUGAAGGAGAGGAAGGGGAAGAAACUGCUCAUCGCGCUGGUGGGAGACUCUCUAGUAGAGCCGUUUUGGCCUCUGGGUACCGGCAUUGCUCGUGGUUUCCUGGCUGCGUUUGACACAGCGUGGAUGGUCAGGAGUUGGGGAAAAAGUCUGCCCCCCCUGGAGGUGUUGGCGGAGAGUGACAUGUCUUCUCUAGAUGAAUAUAACUUCACCAGGAACAAUAAGUUGGCCUUUGGCCUGAUGGAGAGAGAGUUUGGCAUCACUCCGGUCAUGCGUGCCAGUGAAAUGACCACCUGCGGGAAAAUCGACCAGCUGUCUAUGGUCGUGUACCUCACACAGAUACGCAACGCUCUCACCGAGAAACAUACACCAGCAGAGCGCUCCAACAGCCUCUCGCCCAACAACAAGACCCUCUCGCUGUCCAGAACCCGCUCGGCUGCCUUCUUCCUCAACACGCUCAAGCGCAACUCCAUCCAAAGACGCAAGGACCGACUGGCAACGGAGAAAGGACCAAGACAGCAGAAGAUGAAGGAGAAAGAGGAGGAGAAGAAUGUGAAAGAGGAAAAACCUGCGGCGCCUGUGGUGCCCAAGGCCUUAUCAGAAGCGGGCAGCAGUGAGCUCUGUUAUUUCUGCAACAAGCAUCUAUACGUGCUGGAGAGAGGAAGCGCUGAGGGCAAGUUCUUCCAUCGCAGUUGUUUCAAUUGUUAUCAGUGCGGCUCCACUCUGCGGCAGGGCGGAUACACUUUCCACUCCGACACGGGGAGAUUCUACUGUGAGCUGCACUCAGCGGCUGAGGAAGAGGAGGGUGAUGAAGGUCACAGAGGCUCACAGAAUCAAAUCAAAAAUGGCCUUAAUGAGGAAGGUAAGGAGAAAUAUGGUGAAACAGUGGAGAUUUCAUCUCCACCCCCACAAGUCUCUGUAAGACGGAAGGGCUCGUACAAGAUCUCCGUUGAUCCUGACUUUGAAGAAUCGACUGAGUGUUUCACUCCCACAGAGCAAGAAGACCAACCGCCAUCCAGCUCUCAUGAAGCAAACAAACCCUCAGAGCUCAAUCCAGAGAGCACAGGCAUCGAGAACCAACAAAAUAACAGCAGUCCGUCCGUUCCAGUGCCGGCCCCUCGACCGUCCAGAGCUCCGCUCCCAAAACCUCGCACUGUCCAUAACGUGGUGCCUCAACCUUCAAAUACCCCCGAGGAACCAGAGCAGAAACAAGAGGAAACUCCGGAAUCCAAAUCCAAACCGUCGCUGCGUAAACUUCAGCUGAGCGAAGAGGAGAAGGCUGACCUGCUCAGCCAGGAUUCAGACUCGGAGACGCCCGCCUCGUCUUCAGCCGCCUCCACGUCCUCUUCCUCCAAGCAGCACGAAGCAGGUGAGGAGGAGGGCUACUGGAGCGGAGGCACCGCGACCGGGAUGAACUUGCGGGACCAGCGCAACCGCCGCUGCAUGAGAAGGAAGAGCGAACCGCCACCUUCCACACACUCGCAACAUGGGAAGAUGCGCUCCAAGUUUUCCCCGUGGAAUCUGUCUUCACCUCGACUGCAGCAGCGCUUCAGCGUCCUCAGAGUUGCACCUCCAGAACAAGCUCAACCAGAUCAUUAUGUAUCAGAAGACGAUAAUGAAGAAGGCGUUGACGAUGACGAAGAGGAGAAUGAAGAGGAUCUUCAAGGAGAAGACCAUUAUUUGGAUUGCAAGGGGGCUGAUUUUGAGAUUUCUGAGUCAGAGAAACGCAACCUAAAGAGGAUGAAAACUCUGGAGCGGAAAGCAAGGAUGAGCGAAAUCCAGCGCUUCCACAAAGCUCAGACGAUUCAGAGACGGCUGGAUGAGAUAGAAGUGACCUUUAAAGAGCUGGAGGAGAAAGGAGUGGAGCUGGAGAGAGCUUUGAGAGGAGAGGCUGGUUCAGACCCUGAAACGAUUGAUCAGUGGAUUGAUCUGGUCCAGGAGAAGAACAAUCUGCUCUCAGAGGAGUCGGAUCUCAUGGUUGCGUCUCGACAGCUGGAGCUGGAAGACAAACAGGGCAUGUUAGAGAUGGAGCUACGGAGAUACAUGGAAAUGGAUGACUCUGAGAAAACCCCUGAGCAGCGAGAACAUGAGAAUCAGAUCCUGCAGGAGAUGCUGGACGUGGUGGACAUGAGGGAUUCACUGGUGGCCUUCCUGGAGGAGAAGAGGUUGAAGGAAGUCAACGAUGACCUGCUGGGGAACUCAGUACUGGAGGCCAAGAGACAUUCAAUCGCAGCAUCCUAGGUGCUCUGGGACUGAGACGCCACAAACACACGCUUUUUUUGAAUGCCACAACACCUUAACGGAGUAGUUCACCAUAAAGCUAAUCAUUUACUCAUCCUCAUGCCUUUACAAACCUUCUAUGACUUGUUAUCUUUCGUGGAAAACAAAAGGAAAAAGUUGCAUGAUGUUCUCUUUUCCAUACAAUAAAACUGCAAGGUUGCCAAGGGCUGGCAAGCAGCAAGAAGGACAAAAAGCAUCAUUAAAUCAUCAUGAAAGUAGUUACAAGUCCUUGAAGCCACAUGAAUCAUGUGAAGUAUUAUUAGGCUUUCAUAUAAAAGUUGUUUUUCUGUCUCAAAUCACAGCUUUGUUUAGUUUCAGUAAUGCCAAAAAAUGAACACUUCUCAUGUGCCUCAUAAUAACCAGUUUUGCAGUGCUUCAAAUUUUCAGUGAACCAUGACUUGGUGUCAUUUUUGAGCCUCAACAGCUCACUAUUUACUUUUACAGCAUAGAAAAUAGAAAGACUGAAAGUCAGUUUGCAUUGACAAGAGGGUGAAUAAAUGAUGCCAGACUAUUUAUUUCUGGGUGAACUGUCUCUUUAAAGACUCACUUAUAUCACACAAUAUAAACGAACCCAAUGACUUGCAGGCACAUCUUUGUGCAGAGACUCUGCUCUUGAAAACCAAAGAGUUAAACGCAUCUGCGCACACAGAUUUAUGACACUGAAGAUUUGGAAACUAGUGCCGGCCGCUACGGUCUCUAAACGUGCUUUUAAACGGAUACAGAAACUCUGGUGGAGACUAUAGAAAAUGUUGUGGAACUGCACAUCCGUCCCAGCCUUCACUGCCCGGACACGGCCUUUGACGAGACCAGCGGCGGUCUCGCUUCAAACUCACAAACUCUCACGCUCAAACACACAGGCUUCACUGGGGCAGAUGUUUGCGCACACGUGUGCGAUUGUAUUGCAUCUCGCACUUUUAUAAGAGUCUAUCAAGGUCAUGUAUGUUCUAGAAAUCAAAAUUAUUCAAGCUUAUUUCUGGCACACAAUUAAAAAAAUAAAAUAAAAAGCUGAUUGUGAGUUUUUAUCUCACAAUUCUGAAUUUUGCAAGUGCAAGAUAAAACUUAUGAAUUGCCAGAUACAAAAAAAAAUGGAAUUGUGGGAAGCAAACAUAAUUCUGAGAGAGAAAAAAAAUCAAGCUUGUUUUUGCUGUAGAAUUGAAAAAAAAAAAAAAAAGUAAAUGCGUAAAAAAAUUUUUUCUUUUUUUUUUUUUUAUCUCACAAUUCUGAAUGUUUUCUUGUGAAAUGUAAACUGACAAUUAAACUUGUGAAAUGAAAAUUCUAAGAAAAAAAAGUCGGAAUUACGUGAAGGAAACAAAAAAAAAAGUAAUUGCUACUUUUUAUUUCAGAAUUCUAACUUGGAAUUCAAUUUAAACAGAAGUUUAUAGUUUGCAAUAAGAAAAAGAGUCAGAAUUGCGAGAUGAAAAGUUGCGAUAACCUUUAUUUUUUUUAUUCUGUGGCAGAAAUGAGCUUCCAUACAAAAUGUCCUCAUUAAAAGAUAUUAUAUAAAGGUAUUUACAUAUUUAUGAUGUCGUAUUUGGCAGAAAUGGUGUAGCCUGAUGCCAGUAUCAUGUCUUAAACAGCACUUGCAUUGUAUAAUUAUUGAAUAUAUUACAGCUUUGCAGCAAGAGAUUCAAUAUCACAAGGAGCUUUUGUGUAAUGUGCAAUUAUGUAUUUAUUUUUUUCUUGUAAGUGAUUGUAUUUUGUUAUUCUGAAAUUCACACGUUUUUAUUAUUAUUAUUAUUAUUAUUAUUAUUAUUAUUCAUUGUUUUGAUAUUUUCUGCAUGAUCAUGGUUUUGACUCUCAGGGGUACAUCUUCCUGGACCGGUUUCCAUUUAUAUAUUUCUAAUUUCGUAUAUUUGCGUUUCAUUAUUUGAAAGUGUUUGUACAGUAUAUAAUACUCGUCCGUGAAUUCAUUUGGGGAGACACGAAGAAGCAGAAAGUCUGCUUUCCUUUGCCGAAUGAAAUUCCCACAGAGAAUUAUUACUUGGUAUUUUUAUGUGUUGAUAAAGUGCUUUUCAUUUUUGGGCACUGAGAAUAAUUAGCGGCAUUAAUUCUUGUCAGAGAGGAAUUUUGUGCUCGUGUUUUGGGAACAGUGGUGUAAUAUUUGCUGUUUGCUUUUGCUCCCUGAUUGUAUUUCUUUUCUUUAAAUAUGUUCACACACACACACACAGCAGAGGUUUCUUUUCUAUGGGGACAGUAAUUCACUCAAUAUGCUAAUAAAAUAUCUAGCACUUAAUGUUUUUCUUCUGGGUUUGGUUUCAGCGCUGUGGAAACAGCCUUGAUUUCUUGAUUUACAUCAGAAACAGAUUUUGAGUAUAGACUGAUCAUGGCUGACUUUAUUCAGCAGAGUAUGUGAAACAACAUCUUUCAAGCAGAAGUAAGCUACGAUGUUUUCACAUGACCUCGGCAUGCUUGUAUGUAUAGUAUUGUAUACAGUGUAGUAAGGGUUGUGUGUUAGUAUGCUAUUCUGCACAUACUGUAGCCUUUGUCUGCUAAUGUAUCCUUAUGAAAUCUGCAGAAAUGGAGACGUAACUACAUUGCUGUCUCAUAAAAUGCUAUUUUCUGUCA